AUGUCAAGUAUCUACAUCACUGAGCCCAACACAGAAGGCAAAGUGCUGCUGCACACGAGCUUCGGAGACCUGGACGUCGAGCUGUGGUCGCAACAAGCACCCAAGGCAUGUCGCAACUUCUUGCAGCUCAGUCUAGAGGGGUACUAUGACCAGACGAUAUUCCACCGCAUUGUGCCGGGUUUUAUGCUGCAAGGAGGGGACCCCACCGGCACUGGCAAUGGAGGAGAGAGCAUUUACGGCGGUGCAUUCAUUGAUGAGGUCCACUCGAGACUACGGUUUAAUCACCGCGGACUUUUGGCAAUGGCCAAUGAGAACAAACCCAACUCGAAUCACUCGCAGUUUUUCUUUACGCUGGACGCCUGCGACUUUCUGGACAAGAAGCACACUAUCUUUGGCAAGGUGACUGGCAAUACCAUUUUCAAUCUGUUGAGUGUCGGAGAUUUGGAAACAAAUGAGCAGGACCGUCCCAUCCAUCCGCCGAAAUUGUUGAGUGUUGAAGUGCUCUGGAAUCCAUUCGAGGACAUUGUUCCACGAGCUGUGAAGCGAGAUGAGAUGUCGAAUGCGAAUGAUAGUCAGGAAAAGAACAAGCAAAAACGAAAAGCUACCAAGGAUUUGAAGCUGCUCUCGUUUGGUGACGAUGAGGAGGCUUUCCAAGAAGAAAUUACCGGCAGUGCAAAGACGUUGAAGAAAAAAGCGAAGACGAUGAUGAGCAGUCACGACUUACUGGGUGAUCAAAAACUCAAGGCGGAAGUGGAUGCCAAGGUCUUACAGAAGGUUGCUGAGACUAAUAGUGCAGCGACCAGCGAGGACAAGAAAGCUCGAGCGCGAGAAAAACUAAAAGCCGCCGUUGCAGCAGCUUCCAAUAAGACUGACUCGAGCGAGAAAGGAAGAGAUGCCAGCAAUAAUCUUGACACGACGAAUGGCGACAAAUUCUCUGCAAGCUCGAGUCGCCAAAAGAUCGAUCGAGGGGAGUAUGCUCAAUUGCGAGAAGUGCUGCGAAAGUCGAAGAAGGCGGUUCCGUUGCUAAUGGGUGAAGAGGCGAAGAAGCUGGACGAAGGCAGAGCUUUCCAGGAUAUGCUUACCCCAUUGCAACAGCAGCGACAGAAGUACUUACAGCGAAAGAAGUCGAGUAAGCGAAGUACGCGAGAGCAAGAAACACUCAUGAAACUGAAGCGAUUUCAGACGACGCUGAUCAGCGUGAAUAGUAAGAACACGAAUCCGGCAAACGGUGCAGACGCCAAAAGUAAUGAAACCAAGACGGACAUCAUCGAAAGCUACCAUGGUCAAAUCCUGGAAAAGGACGACGAACACGACGAUACGAAUGACGACAAGUCGUGGAUGACUGCCAAGCUCAAGUUCAAGAAGCAUAUCGACGAUCAAUUUCGUUCGGACCACGAUCCUUCGGCAGAUGACUACAUGACAAUCGACUCUCGCAAUGAACGGAAGCAAAGGUCUUCUGGAGACUCAAGGAGAAACCGAUCUCGAGACCGAUCGCGAGGCAGUAAUCGACAUGGUCGCACCCGAGACGACGGCCGUGAAUUCCGCCGUGACAAGAACCGCCAUCAGGGUCGAAGGUAA